AUGAAGACCGCCGGCAUCCUCUCCGCACUCUCCCUCGCCAUGGCCUCUCUGGCACAAGUCGUCCGAAUCGACUCCCCCGGCGCCGACGAUACCAUCUCCGUCAGUGACUCCUUCACCGUAACCUGGACCUGGGAGGACGACUACCCCAACGCCCCCGCGGACCCUGGUCUCGGCGACGUCGUCAUCUUCCAGGCCAGCUCGGGAUACUCCAAGACGCUGGGAUACUCCAUUCCCGUGCUGCAGCAGAGCUUCGUGUAUGGAUCGCUGGAGGGUGUUGUCCCCCCUGGCGAGGGAUAUGAGGUGGAGGUUCUCCCGACUGCGGAUUCGGUGGACUGGAAUUUGGAGCUGGCGGGGGAGUUUGAACUCGCUGCUUAA